ACUCAUAGUAAUUGCUGCAUUCCUCGUAUCAUUCACGCUCAACUCAAUUAUAAACUGCAGCAGUGUACAGCAAGAUACUGUAAAAUGGCCACAAAAGAUCUGACACUCUUUACUGCAGUUGUGGGAGUAGGGACAGUAAUACUAGUAGUGAGCCAGCUAUCUAAUACUCAUGAAACUACAGAUACUUUAAAAAAUGACAUCAUCACUCAAUGUACCGUUGCCAAUAGAACUACCACUAAUUUUAAUUCAUGUGAGGCUGACUGUGAGAAAGAGCAGGGCCAGUGUAGAGUACUGGUUAGUCUCUCCAUCGUUCUAUUGGUUACGCUGAUACUGUCACUCAUAAUCCAUUGUUACAACUUUAGGAAACCCCUUAUUAAAUACCGUACACUGUACAUCAUUAAAACCAGCACUGAUCCUGAGCUGUAUUACAAGAUUAAAUCAAACGGAAAGAGCAACGAGGAGGAGAGUUUUGGCAACACUAUUUGCAGGUGGACAAAAAGUCAAGAUACAGAUACGCAGGAGGUUGUUCUUUCAUUCAAAAAUGAAAAUUAAACUCAUUCAAAAUGAACAAAAAUACUCUAAUCAUAAUUUAUAGUUUUUAAAUCUCAUUGUUCAUGCAUUCCUGCAGCCAGUCUUUAGUAAGCAUUAAUGAUACACUCUCAUUCCU